UAUUGUUUUUUUAUUUCUUUUUAUUUGUUGCUUGUUGUUGUUUUGCUGCUUCUCGCCUUCAUAGCCCCCGGACGACAUCAUUCUGCAUCGACAUUUAAUCCCUGAGCAGACGUUGACGUCUUUCUCGUCAUGUCUGCUGCGUCUAUCGACCCGUACUGUCGCUCGAAUCUUGAUCGCUCCCGCAAGAUGGGCACCUUUUCACCGACACGCGCCAGCAUAGAUCGGCAAACUGGGCUCGCCCAGCUCAAGCUUGUGUCCAAGUAUUACGGCUACUCGAACUGCCCGUACCCCCCUCCUAGCCCAGAGUUCAUGGCUCGAACCCGGGAUAGGGGUUGUAUCGGCUCGGCAGGCUCGCCACCCAGUCUCAUCGACGAUCGUACCGACUCGGAGCUUUCCCACGACGAUGACUAUCAGUACCAUGCCUCGACGUCGCAAAUCUGGGACAGUUUUUGGGUGGCCCGGACGGAUUCGGCUUGCUACCCAACUCAACAGGAAAAACAUCACCUUCAGCAGCAGCAGCAGCAGCAGCAGCAGCACAAGCUGUCCCAUAAGCAGGAGCACCCUGAGCCACGUGUUCAUUAUCCCGCCCUGAUCCCUUCGCCCCAUAUCAAGAGGGCCAAGAAGCCGGGCGCCAUCAACUACGACGACAACCCACGCCCGCCAAAGCCGGCGGGAUACACCUUGACCGUUCGGCCCUCUGUCGCGCCGCAAUCCCCUACCACGGAUAGGCCAGAGUGGCCGCUGCGAAGUCAUGAAAUUUACGAGAAGCCUCAGACGAUCCGGGCUGUCGAGUCUUCCUAUAGUCUCUUCCCCAAACAGACCAUGCGCCCAUGCUCGCCCCAAGAUGCACUGUCGCCGCCACCAAGGACAAGCUCUCUGCCCCGGGUCGUGACUCCUGCGCUUUCAGGUCCAUCUUGGAUGCCUUCAGCAGACCGCAAGCUCUCCCACCCAAAAGCCACGCAACACCGGCACCACCACUCCGAAACAGUGCCUCGCAUGCCCACGUCUGAUUUCGGAGCCUCACCCCCAGCACCGCGUCCUCAUACAAGCCACGGGACAAGUGCCCCCCAAUUCCCAGACAUGUCGCCGCCCCCAUCAUCCGUUGCCGCUCCUCUGCACCACUCAGAUCCCACCGGCGUGACAUCCACCAUCCCUCUGUUCCCUUCCACCAACCUCGUAGAUCUAAUCAACCCGCGCUCCCCUCCCACCCCUCCCGGCCCACCCCGUCCGCCGACCUCGAUCCCGAAGUUGACUCAGCAAAAGUCCUUCUUCGAUUUCGACUCAGACUCCGAGAGUGAACCCGAGGGCCGCUUCUCCCGACUCGUAAGGGGGAAACGACACAAACAAACCCAAAGCACCACCGCCGCCGCCGCCCAACAACAUUCUAGUUCGAACAAGACGUCGCGCAAGAGUAUCGACCGCCCAUGGUCACGGCCUCGUGCCCCCACCGGCACUGCUAUCGCGAGACGGUCCCACGAGGAGCACGAGCCGCUGCGGCAAGCUCCCCCACUAGAGGAGUCCGAGGGCAGGACGCGCCGGGGGAAAGAGGGCCGGAAGAGCAAUGUCUUCGGACGCAUGUUCGGGCGUUCGGGACGGGGUCAUUGAAUCCCUCUUCGUGAAACCCUUUUUUUUUUUUUUUUCCUUUUUUUUU